CCUGCGAAAUCAGUGCUCGGUGCCCGGAGUAAUUAAAGUGUUUCCUUAUCGCGGCCCCGGAGGAGGGUCCGGGGAGGGAACCCUCCUUUCGUGUACACACGAACUCUCCGGGCUGCCGCAUAGGUACAGGAGCCUCUGUCUACUACGUAGGGCUUUAACUGCAGGUUUGGGGGUAUAAACAAGGAGCCUUAGCGCUCUUGUUCCAACUUUUAAGGCCGCGUCUGAUGAGAAAUGGAAAUCUGGCUCAAAGUCAUCCUUCCCGUUGUUGACAUCACCUGAAAACUCUACUGAAAAUAUUUCCGUUAGUUUACCGCAAACAUCAGCUUCCCCUGAGGUCUCAACACCUUGAGCAGUCUACCGUAUCGUGGUACAGAGACUCGCUGUUGCUGUCAGCACUAGAAAAGACUGAAGCUGGCAUCCCCCAUUGUCCUCAGCUAGAGCUUGCCCUGCAAGACGCAGCUGUAAACUGUUCAUCAGAAAAAAACUGAACAGUGGAUCCUUAAGAGUCCAGAGGAUGGCAUAGCAAUAACGUCACCGUCCAGGGAGCUGGGGUCCUUCCUCGCCUGCCUGCAUGCUGCUUGAACAGACCUCAAGCCUUUGUUUUUGGACUGAAGAAACCUGAAAACCUUUCUCUCCUAAUUCAUGAGCCAGCAGGAUGUGGUCGCCGUGCUUUCAGAACGCCUGCUCGUAGCUGCCUACAAAGGCCAAGUGGAGAAUGUGGUGCAGCUUAUCAACAAGGGUGCCAAGGUAGCGGUUACCAAGCAUGGCCGGACCCCCCUACAUCUUGCUGCCCACAAGGGUCAUCUCCACGUUGUCCAGGUUUUGUUGAAGGCAGGUUGUGACCUGGAUAUUCAGGAUGACGGUGAUCAGACAGCACUGCACCGGGCUGCUGUCGUAGGGAACACCGAUGUUAUAGCAACUCUGAUUCAAGAGGGGUGUGCUUUGGACAGACAAGAUAAGGAUGGGAACACUGCUCUUCAUGAAGCUUGUUGGCAUGGGUUCAGUCAGUCUGCCAAAGUGCUCGUUAAAGCAGGAGCCAACGUUCUUGCCAAGAACAAGGCAGGUAACACACCUCUUCACCUGGCUUGCCAGAAUAGCCAUUCCCAGAGUACUCGUGUUUUGUUACUUGGAGGAUCUCGAGCAGACCUCAAAAAUAAUGCAGGAGAUACCUGUCUGCAUGUGGCUGCUCGUUAUAAUCACUUGCCCAUCGUUAGGGUGCUGCUCAGUGCUUUCUGUUCUGUCCAUGAAAAGAACCAGGCAGGGGAUACUGCGCUCCAUGUAGCUGCUGCUCUAAAUCACAGGAAGGUGGUUAAGCUGUUGCUGGAGGCAGGGGCUGAUGCAUCCGUUGUCAACAACGCAGGUCAGACCCCUCUAGAGGUUGCCAGACAGCACAAUAACCCUGAGGUGGCACUCCUCCUCACUAAAGCAUCACAGGUCUCACGCUUUAACCGUGGAAGAAGCUUGAGGAAGAGGAGAGAGAGACUGAAGGAGGAAAGGCGAGCUCAGUCGGUACCACGGGAUGAAGUGGUACAGAGCAAGCAGGGCAGCGUCUCAGCUGCUGAUGACACGCCGAGCAGUGACCAGCCACCACAGAGGAAGAACAAUCUGAAAGAUGAACCCCGGUCAACCUCACCAGAUCCCAGAGGGAAGAAGAGCAAAAAGAAAAAGCCAAAGGAAAAGGUUUCAGCACUCUCAGACCCCAUCUCCCCAGCUGAUCAGCAGACACUCCCUCGACCCCAGCAAAACGUGCCUAAGCGUAGAAGUAAACAUCACUGCUCCUCUCCACCCCCUCCGCACGAGGUCCGAGCCUACCAGCUCUACACGCUCUACCGAGGGAAGGACGGGAAGGUGAUGCAGGCACCAAUAAAUGGAUGUCGUUGUGAGCCCCUGAUAAAUAAACUGGAAAAUCAGCUGGAGGCAACGGUAGAAGAGAUAAAAGCUGAGUUUGGGACAGUACAGGAUAAGAUGAAUGUUAAGCUGGGCCAGAUGGAAAGCAAAACUCAACAUCAACUCCGUGUUUUAGACAAGCUUAUGGCUGAGCGGCUGUCCGCAGAGAGAACAGAGUGCCUUCACCGCCUGCAACAGCACACUGAGCUGGAAAAAAAUGAGGGGGAGAAACGGCAGAUUUCCUUGGUUGAUGAGCUAAAGACUUGGUGCCUGUUGAAGAUUCAGAAUCUGGAGCUCAAGCUUUCUGGUGAUUCCAGGUCAUCAAGACCAAAAUCAACUUUGUCCACUUGUGAGUCUCUCACUGAGACCCUGGAUACUGAGAACAACCCCCACAGUGCCAAGGACUGUAAAGCCAACCAGCCCGUGCUGCAGUCAGAGGGCUCCCACCAGCAUUCCUAUAUCACGCUUCCGAACAGCCUCUCAGAAGAUGGGGGAAGGAGCAGAAUCCAGAUGCCAGAACAGAGCUUCGGGCAACAUUUUUGCAUUCAACAAGAUGGUGCGUCGGGUACAACCUUGUCAGGUACUGAGCAACAGUUAAUUGUUGGCGGACCAGUUUCUUCUUCUGCCGCUGUCCAAGAUGUCAGGCCAAAGGACAAAGCUGUUAGUGCCAGCACGUUCCACAGGUUCCAGCAGGACCUGCCCUCCUCUGAGCUUUUGGGCUCCAAAUUAAGACACGUUAAGGUUCAAGCUGCUUUGCAGCCCUUGACUGAACCUACAAAGACUGAACCACAGAGCGGCUACUUCAUCGACAAAGGAACUCAGACAAAGAAGUCCAGCAAAAGCGGGCAGUCAAGGCAUAGAGCUCCGCACCACGCCGGGGUCCAUCAGAGCCAGGAGCAGCAGCCCUCGGGCCUGCCUGCGGGACAGCCACCUGCCCCUCCGCUCAGAGACACCUCCCAGGCCCUGGAGAUAACACAGUACUUCUUUGAGGCUGUUUCCACGCAGAUGGAGAAGUGGUAUGAACGGAAGAUAGAAGAAGCCCGGUGCCAAGCUAAUCAGAAAGCGCAGCAAGACAAAGCUGUGCUCAAGGAGCAUAUUAAAAGCUUAGAAGAGGAGCUCAGCAAAUUAAGGACUAAGGUGCAGAAAGAGAGCUAGCAUUGACCAAGCAGGUAAAGACAAGCAGCAGGACUCAUUUUGGAACCUGCUGUACAGGAAUCUGGAAUGUUGAUAGAUAUAUUUGUAGUGCCUGUUAUAU